GUAUUUAGCAUCCUAUUAGCCAUUGAGUCCUGAUGGCCGUACCCGGUCGUGUGGAUCGCCCUGGAGGCUGGAGUUUAAAGACUGCCCCGGAUCUACGAAUUCAAAGUCUCGUCCUGGUAGCCGAAAUCUUGGUGCAGAAGAAAUUUGCCUCUUGGGUUUGAAAAGUGCAUUCCGCUCUCGGCGCAGCACUCGAGUUUUCCGUAAUGAGGCUCUUCGAUCGUUUUCCAGCACUGAUUUGCUUUGCGUCCGCAUUCAACAGCCUCGCAAGCGCACUCGCACCUUCGGAUACAUGGCGCGAUGCAGAUAUAGGCCAGUCUGGAUACGUUGGUGGAGAUCAUAACAUAGAUCCCGAAUCCGCCUCCCAGUUCAAGCAGCUUUGGAACGCGACUUUCAAGGAGGGCGAGAGACAUUGGGCAAAACCGCUUGUCUACACGCUCCAAUCUGGCCGACAAAUAGUUUUCACAGCAUCCACUGAGAACAUCGUCCGGACAUUCGAUGCAGCAACCGGCGAACUCAUCGUCGAAAGACAGAUCCAUCCACCAUGGCCAAUGGAGGCCGCCUACUGCACGAAUGUGAGCAAAAGUAUGGGCAUAAUGGGAACGCCGGUGAUUUAUGCUGAGUACGACGUCGUGUUCUUCUACGUUAAAUCGUACAUUGAAGACUAUCGUGUUCCCGGCGGAGCAAGCCCAGCAUUGAACGGCGUCUACUACCUUAACGCCAUCUACCUCGACGGCCUCCAAGAUGUGUACUACUGGCCUAUAUUCCUCGAUGAUGUCCCAGCCGACAACGACCCGCGCAAGAUAUUCUUGGGCGGUCUCCUCCUGCAGCGACCGUCCCUGGCUAUGGUCGGAAACAUUCUAUACGCCGGCUUUGGAGGCAUGUGUGACGCGUUCAACUACACGGGCGUCCUGGUCGCAGUUAACGUCGACACCCAAAAGGUUAAUCGGUGGGUCACGCAAGGUGGACCGAAUUCCGCGUAUACGGAUGAUUGGACGCUGUGGCAUGGCGGUGGUGCGGGUGGCAUCUGGCAGGCUGGUAUGGGACUUGCGUCGGAUGGGCAGGAUGUCUUUUUCACGGUCGAUAACGGAGGAGGGUCUACGGAUACAAAUAUCUCGACCAAAGCUAUCUCGGGGAAGAUGCCCAUGGACAUUGUCUCCGAAUCCGUCGUCCGCGUCAACGCUAACGACUCCGGCGUCCAGCUCCAGGACUGGUUCCGCCCCUUCGACUACCAAUCCGACCAAGGCGAGGAUAUUGGCAGCGGGGGAGUCUCCAUCCUCGAUUCCUCGCUCUUUAAAACCGAUAAAGUAAAACGGAUGGCCGUAGCGGCAAGCAAGAACUUCAAGAUGUACAUCACGGACCUGGACAACUUGGGCGGCUAUAGAGAAGGCAAAAACGGCACAGAUGCCGUCCUGCAAACCAUUCCCCUCGACGGCGAGGUCUAUGGCGGCAUCGGCUCUUACCCGCUCGAGGGCGGCUACGUAUACGUUAACCCGGCUGGUGCGCCGCUCUCUGCGUACCGUUUCAGCUCGUCAAACUCGACUUCCUCCGGCCCGCUAUUCUCCCUCGCAGGGAGAUCUUCGAUAUCUAGUCCGCACGCACGCGGUGUGGGUAUACCCACGGUGACAAGUAGGAAUAGCACGGCGGGGAGUGGCAUUGUAUGGGUUACGGAUGCAGAGAAGGGACUGCUGGCGUACAAGGCGGUUCCGGUCAAUGGGACAUUGAUGGAGAUUCCGCUACCGAAAGUGGAGGGCGCGAUGAUGUAUAGUAGACCGGUGUUUGGAGAUGGCAGGGUGUAUGUUUUUGACGCGAAGGACAAGUUGAUUGCGCUGGGUGUAAAGUAGGUAAGCUAGGGGAUGUAGAUCGGCUGCUGCCCAGGCUGGAGAUUGAAGUAAGAAUAUGGAUGCUUUAAAUAACAUGAC